GGCAAGAGGUUGGAGGGAAUGAGGAUGAAGGGAUGGGCGCUGUGCGCGACAGCUCCGGUGGGGAGCCGACUUCUUCGGAAAAUAAGCGCGAGUGACAAAAGACGGUGCGAGAAGAGGUGGCGGAACAAACCCGACACAUGAAGAGGAUGAAAGGACACUCGGAGCCGAUGAUUGGCGGGGAUGAAGGUGACAUCGGAGAACGUGCCUCGGGAAAGAGGACUCCAAGGAUGCGUGGCGGACAAGAACAAGGAGUCAAAAAGAGGCAAUCGAAGGAAGUGAGUGCAACAACAAGUAAGAAGGCGAGGAGGCCCGACAGUUUGACCAUCCGCGAAGGACAAACUAUGGGUGAAGGAGAUUCGACUCGUCUAGGCAUUGCCGCCGCGAGAGAACCGUCAGAGAAAUCCAAAAGGAAACUAGCAGUUGAAGAAGACGAUGGCGAGAAGAAACCUCGGCGGAGGAAGACUGGUGAGGGGUCGAGUGCUGGCAAAAAGGCUGUCGGUAGGCAGUACGACGAAGCGGCAGCGUUUUGGCUCGAAUACGAGCAAAACGAUGACGGUGAAAUCGUGGAGAGGGAGCCUCCCAUUCAACUGCUCAUCGACCCCAGGAAGGUCUACGACAUCCCGCUCUGGGAAAGAUAUUACAAUCACCGCAGUCUCACUCGCGAUGGUGUGGAGGACAUGAAGGGUGCGAUGCUAAGGCAGUUCCACGAUGAAAAGGGGAAGAUCUGGAUGAAAAACCCUUUGGUUCUGGCACCCAUCUACAAGUCAGUGAGGCAUAAGCCGGAGAGAGCUGAGAGGGUUCACAAGGAUGUCUUCAAGCCAGAGGACAAGGAUAAGUACUUCUAUUACCCUGUCAACGGACAACACACCGUGGCUGUUGUGAAGGAGUUGGACGGUGAGCAAAUAUUCAAAUUGUGGAAGAUGCACUCGUGGCCGGCGAGAGUCGUGUGGUUCUCCGACGAAGACUUUGGAGGGUAUUUGCAGACCACCGACGAACGAAACUGGGAUCCCAAACGUGACAUGUAUUGGAAAUUGUCGAGGAACAAAAGGACGGAGGUUUGGGACUUCCUUUUCCAACCAGGACCGCCUACUCAGACCGACUUGGAAUACAAUCGACGGAGAAACCUGGUGUUCGGUGUGCUGAAUGGUUACCACAAUGCACGCAGGGAGUCUGUCUCAAAUUUCCUGAAAAGGCUGGAGCACAUUUUCUUCUUGAUGGCCGAACCGCUGACCCUCGAAAACUACAAGGCGCAGUUUGACGAGGAGGACCGUUUCGACGCUGAAGACAUGGAGGAGCUGAGCGACUCCAAAACCUUCGAUUUCGAGUCCAUGACACUUCCUCGGGUGGUUGCACAGGUUGAUGAUGAAGGGGAAGGUGUUCCUCGGAGAUAUAGCGCACUCGUCUUCUACGGGAAGCACCACCGGUUCACAACGGAGGAUGUCUGGGGCCACAACGUCAUCCGACACCCCAAGAAAUUCCAACCUGCUGUAAAGAAUGGAAAGUGGGUCGUGGCAAUGAAGGAAGCCGAUGACAAGUGGAGUGGCCUGAACAGACAGGGAGCGGGUCCAUUUAAGAAAAAGACGAGAGAAACUCUGGAGGAGCAUUUGAGUGUGAUGAACCCCGAAAGGAGCCCCCGCCAGACGUCAAUGCAUAUGCAGGCUAGAAGCUCGACGAGCUGUACGACAACAAAAUGUGGGAGUUUCGAGCGCCUUUCUACAAACUCGAAACGACACCAUCUCGUGGCAUUGACUGACGCAUGCCGCAACCUCCGUCGGAUGGUGAACAUCCGAGAGGCGGUGGAGGAGGAGACGAAGGAGACGGCAGAGGUGACGGAGGAGACGGCUCAGGAUCUCAUGGAGGAGGUGACGGAGGAGACGGCUCAGGAUCUGUUGGAGGAGGUGAGGGAGGAGACGACUCACGAUCUGCCGGAAAGGGGUCAGGUGGAAAGGGGUCGGCGGAAAGGGGUCGGGUGGAAAGGGGUCGGGCGGAAAGGGGUCGGGCUGGAAGGGGUCGGGCGGAAAGGGUCUCGCAAAGUGCUGGAGGGGCCGGCUGCAGGAGUGUUGGAGACCGGGGGUAACGAGUAUGAACGUCGUGCUUCGGAGGGUGUAUCCGUUGACUUUGAGACCAAGAGUACAGAAACUCCUGGGGAAGAGGAGCUCUCACCGGGAGUGCAUGCUGUACAGCGGGAAGAGGAGACUCAACACUGCCAGUCUCGUAGAGUGUUGGAGAGUGGGGCUAGCGAGUAUGAACGCCAUGCUUCGGAGGUUGCGUUCGUCGACUCUGAGAGCAAGAGUACAUCAGCUCCGGGGGAAGAGGAACUCUCACAGGAAGCUCAUGCUCUGCAGCGGAAAGAGGAGACUCAACACUGGCCAGCUCGCGAAGUGCGGAAGGGGCUCGAUGCAGGAGUGUUGGAGACCGGGGCUAGCAUGAACGCUCAAGUUUCGGAGGGUCCGUCCGUCGAUUCGGAGAGCAAGAGUACAGCAGCUCCGGGGGUAGAGGAGCUCUCACAAGAGGUGCAUGCUCUGCAGCGGGAAGAGGAGACUCAACAUUGGCCGGCUCUCAACGUGCUGAAGGGGGUCGAUACAAGAGUUUUGGAGACCGGGGUUGGCGAGCAUGAACGUCAAGGUUCAGAGGGCGAAGAACCCGUGGUGGAAGGCGGUGAGGUGGUGGUCGACAUCCAUAUGGAUCCAGAGGGGAAAGAUCAUGAUUCUCAGUCCACCUAUUGCGGUGAAGAACAAGGUGAUCGAGCGUCUGUCCUCGGUACUGGUCGGGAAAUGGUACUUCAUGAAGCCAUCGAGUUGGACAGCGACCCAGCUGCCACCGAGCUGGUUAGCGACUCAACCGUGGUCUAGGUGCAGAACGUCGAAUCCUCCGUGGACGUUGGCACAGUGGCGCGACAGGUGGGCGAUUUACCUCGAAGGACUCCUGAGCACGUGGAUGUUUUGAUCAAGUAAACGCUUAGGUGUCGA